AUGAAGCAAAUAGAACAACCACAGCAGGAAGAAAUUCAGAAUCCUGCAGAAGAUGGUUCAAAUGCUGCCGAUGCAGCCGAGGCGGAAGAGGCCUCAAGUGGCCAAGAGGAAUUAGCAGGAAUGAGCGAAGAUGAAUUGUUUGAUUCAGGGGGGAUGAUGCCAUUGUCUGAAACACACCGUACCCGCCGCAAAUGGAGUUUGCUCACAUUUAUGGCGGUUACACUUCCAACAAUGUUGCUCUUCGGCUGUUUAAUGUAUCUCACAAUCAGACAGCAUGAAAAACAGCCAACCUGGGCAGACCUCGUGAAACGCCGCCCCCCACCUCCUGCUGCAGUUCCCCCUGCUGAGCCUUCUUGGAAGGCUCCUCCUGUCGACUCUCUAGAGGAAAGAACCUCUCAUACUGUGCAGGUUGUGCGGGGUGUUCUAUGGGAGCUGGUGAACCAGCUCGAAGAAGAGGAUCCCGCUGUACCUUCACCUGAAGCAAAACGUAUAAUGCGUGAGGUGGCCAAGACUGUUUCAAAUGGCGAGUCUACGCAGCUGAUCGGCAUGACCAUCGAGCUCGACUUGAUAACACAAGUCGGUAGCGGCAAGCCCUUGCAAAGCCCUCGCGCUUACGUUGUGAACAAGUACGUUGGCGAAGGCAUCAACAGCAUCAUGGUGUCUGUACAGGACGUAGAAACCCGAGAAGAAUCUGCAAUUCGGAUCAAUACCAUCCCCAAAGAUGAAACCCCCUCCAUCCUGUCUACAGGGGAAAAAAAUAUCUCCCCCCAGAUGGUGCGGACGGCCCAGAGCAUUCUUGCAGUUCGAGGCAGCACUCCUCUCUCUGCUGUUUCAGAGCAGAAGGGUGUGGCUGCAGUCACUGCAAUCGCAAAGAUAAGAGGCAUGCCAGAUGUGUUACAUAUCAAGGACUUGAGUAUCCUGGCUACCGUUGAAAAGAUGAACACCAUCCAGGUCACCCUGCGAGAUGUGAUAGACGCCUUGGGCUUGGUCCCCACGGGAACUAGAGCAUACUUAGCGCGUCAUGUUCUCAAGACGGUUCUGCACAUGCAACAAGCUGGGUGGAGCGUCAACCAGAUCAACAGCAGCAGCUUCGCAGUGCAGGAUGAUGGCUCCGUUGUGCUGUUUGGGUUUGAAUCGAGUGUUCCUUUCAACGAGCUAAUCCCCAGUGAUGUUGACGUAUCUCCAGCGUACACGGAACCCGAGCUGCUGUCCAGCAUUGUGUGUAUGGAUGACUGCGAGGUGCAGCCCAUUGCCAACGCCAAGUCCGAUCUAUGGAGUUUGGGGGUUCUUCUGUAUGAGAUCAUGAUGGAUGGGGAAUUACCCUUCGGCAUCACGGAUCAAUCUGCUAGCGAGGAGGCUGUAGCUCGUGUGAUACAGCUUAGAAACACAGCUAACCCGGAUAGCCUGACAGUAGACAUGCAGUACAAAGGCAUCCACUAUAGGUGGCAGGAGCUCAUAAGACGUCUGCUUGAACCCGACCGCAACAAACGCAUUUCCGCCGAAGAAAUUGUUGCAAAUUUCAAAGAUCUUCUCGAUGGUCUACCUGAACAGGAAGAAUUAGAAAAAGAAACAUUUUUACAUCUUUUCUUCCAAGAAAACCCAGACUUCUACCAGAGACAAGCCAGGAUUCCUAUCGUUAAGCGAGUUCUCCCCCCUCCUGAUCCAGAGGAGGAGAGGAGGCGCACAUCCACUACUACUACCACUACUACCACUACUACUACUACUACUACUACUACGACUACGACUACAACUACUACUACUAGGACUGCUGCAGCAGCUGCUGCUGCUGCUGCAGCUACUGCUGCAGAGGCUAGAACCGCUAUUUCACAGAAGCCAGAAGCAAAGAAGGAAGACGCCCGGGGAGCGUCACCCACAUCUCCCGAUGAGUCGGGAGUGGCCAGCCGUUCUUUUACUCUUGAACGGGGAGCAGCAAGUCCACAAGCUGGCAGCUCUACUCCCGCAGCACCCAGCAGCCCAUCAGGGCCUUCGCGGACGGCAUCUCCAAGCUCCACUGGCGCGACGCUGCCUUCUUCUAGAACCGGAGAAACAGAAACUACGACUUCGACUUCGACUUCGACUUCAACUCCCGCACGAGGACGAGCUGGGGCGGCCGCCUCUCAAUCCUCUCCUUACGCUCCCAUCUCCCCUAUUCAUGUCGUGCCGCCACCGCGGGCGACCUCACGGUUUUGGAAUCCGUAG